UGCCGCAUAGGAUAUUUUGCACGUGAAGCCAAGAAGAAGAGAAGGUACCUCAUCCUAAUACACAUUUUCUCUCGAAAAUGCCUGUGGAUCUCCUACUUCAAUAACUCAUUGCCAAGAACCAAAAAGGUGAAACAAUGAUCGAAACUGCUCUGGCCGUUCGGUUUCCCGCCGGCGCAAACUUCUGCUACUCCUCUGCCGUGCCCUAUCACCGUCCAGCUUGGACUUCGGAGGAUGCAAGUAGUAUAGGCAAUGCUAGCAGCUUCUGCCGGCUUUUGCAUUCUUGCACUUCCGAUGUGCAUUGGAAAAGAUGCCAGAGACUUAAUAGUAGGUCUCUCUUGGGAAGAAGCAAUCUCAGAAAGAAUGGAAUCCAAGCAUCAGCAGAGCCUUUGGGCUCUGCAUCAGAUCCAAUUAAACAAAAUAGGGGAUUGCAGUAUCAUCCAUCUGAGGAGCUUGUGAAAUCAAUAACUGAGAUUGCUGAUGAUGUUAGACCUACCUCUGCAGAAACUACUAGAACAAUCAUUGAGGUAAAUAGCAAAGCAACAUUAAUGUUUGCGGGUUUGAUUAAUGACGAAGUUCAGGAAAACAUUAUCUGGCCAGAACUACCUUAUGUAACUGACGAACAUGGAAAUAUCUACUUUCAAAUGAAGAAUACUGAAGAGGCCAUGAAAAAUCUAACAUCAGAAAAUAACUUUGUGCAAGUGCUUAUUGGCCUUGAUACCAUGGAAAUGAUCAAUGAGAUGGAGUUGUUCGGUCCAUCAGAAAUUGAUUUUGGAUUUGAAGAGCUUGAUGAUGGGGCUACAAAUGUUGGAGAUGAUGAUGAUGAUGAUGAUGGUGAUGGUGAAGAUGAAGAUGAAGACGACGAUGAGGAUAACGACGAUGAUGAUGCAGAUGAUGAAUAUAAUAGGGACUGGGUUUCUGUCAUAGAUGAUGAAGAUGAUCAAAAUAACUCUGAUGAGACCUUGGGAGAUUGGGCAAAACUGGAGACAAUGCGUUCUUCACAUCCGAUGCAUUUUGCCAACAAGCUUUCGGAGGUUGCAUCAGAUGAUCCCAUUGAUUGGAUGGAACAGCCCCCAGCAACAUUAGUGAUUCAAGGUGUUCUAAGACCUGCAUUCAGUGAAGAGCAGACUGUUAUCCAGAAGCAUCUUUCCAGCCGCCAUUUGAGUAAUGGUGACAUAAACGAGGCUCAGAAACUUGAAGAGAACCUUGAAAGUCAUGGUAGGAUCAAUCAUCAUGGUCAUGAAUCAAGUUCAUCCAAAGAUGGUUUAAACUUGAUGGAUGCAUUGGAUGAAAGUAUUCCAGCGAGUGAGGCUUCAUUUUACCGGCUGGAGAUGAUAAAAGUUCAGCUAUUUACAGGAAAUUCACACCCAAGCGACGUUGAAAUAGAAGAUCUCAUGAAAGCUCAACCUGAUGCGAUUGCGCACUCGGCCGAAAAGAUUAUUUCUCGUUUAAGAGCAGGUGGAGAAAAGACCACACAAGCGCUCAAGUCUCUCUGUUGGAGAUGCAAGGGCAUUCAGGUUGAGGAGGCAGUAAUCAAUGGUAUCGAUUCACUUGGAUUUGAUGUGAGGGUUUGCUCCGGAACUCAGGUCCAAACGUUGCGGUUUGCUUUUGAUACUCGACAAACCAGAUGAUGCUAUGGGAGCCAAAGCAAUGGAAGAUUUAGAAGAGUCCAAACAAGACGGAAACUCCAAGUAUGAUCAACCACAAGAUAUGCACCAAGAGGAGAGCCUGGCCAGGAAUAGACGCAGAACCACCGUUGCCGACCUCACAAAAGCCCAUCUUGGCGACCUUGACACCUGAACACAAAGCAUCGGCACAACCACACCAGUAGGUAACGCCAUCAACCCCGCAGACCGGGUCCGUCCUAAAGCAUUUCACGGGGCAAGAAGAGGGCACCGAUACAGGACAGAGAUCUACAUCGCCGUCGUUAUUGGUAGCUUCAGAAGGCAAGCGGAUGGCGGAGGAAACAUCCUCAGAUCGGACUGGAAAGACGAAGAUGAGGAGUAAAAAUAAAAAAAUGAUGGAAAUUGGGGGUGUAGAGAAGAGGGUCAUGUUUCGCGAACUUUGAAAAAGCUCGCGUGAUUGGAGAUUAUGAGCUUUUAGAUUUAGGACAGGAAGGAAGAGACCUCUGUCAUGGAAUUUUCUUGACAGUUGGGCAACGAACAAGUGGAACAGCCUUAGCUAGGAAUUUGUUGGCCCUACGUCCCCCUAUUUUGUUUUUCAAAAUGGCUUUCCUCUUUUCACAUUUCUCACCUAACCAUUUGAAUUCUUACCUAAAAAAAGAAAGUUUUGAAAUAUAUCUUAAUUUUCAAAAUUUACCAUAAAUUUGGGGAUUUUAACUAUCCAUCUCUAAGUAUCUCAACAUUAGAUAAAAAUAGUCGGUUGAACUAGAUUCUUUUUUGGUAAAAUGUAGAUAACAAAAUAUAAAUACCAAUAUAUGAAAAUGAUGUUUAUGGA